AUAUACACGAAACGAAACACAGGAAUCAAGUCGACAAUGACGUAAUGACGUAGUUACGGGGGGGACUAAGAUUAAAAAAUAAAAACGAUCUUCAUCAAAAUCAUGCUCAAUUUAAUUAUUGCUUUACUGAAUCAUCGAUCUAAUCCUGUUCAAACUUCAAUUUAGACGACUAUAUAAUUUAAUUACGUAUCAUUGAUUGAUGCCAACUACAUUUUUACACCAUUUUUUAGUUGGAAGCUUUUCUACGAUUUCCCUAAUUUGAGACAAUGACCUUAGUUCGACAACUAUGGCGGAAGUUUCCUCUCAAUUCUAGUCUUCGAUGGAUUUGUUCCUACUCUUCUCGACUUCCGACGUCUUCUCCGGUUGUUUCUGAGAAUCGUCGUUGGGUUUUAGGGUUUCCUUCUCGUUCUGCAUUGUCUCAAGUAUUCAAUUCAAAUAAUCAUUUGAGUCUCCGCUAUUUUAUCAAUGCUUCUUACUUCACAACUCAUGCUGCGGUUGACCCGAUGUUGGGUGGGAUGGUUGAUGUACCACUGGCACAAACAGGUGAAGGUAUUGCUGAAUGUGAGCUUUUAAAAUGGUUUGUCCAGGAGGGUGACCAAGUUGAAGAAUUUCAACCACUUUGUGAGGUCCAGAGUGACAAAGCUACCAUAGAAAUCACAAGCCGAUAUAGAGGAAAAAUUUCACAUAUUCUUCAUACUCCAGGAGACAUAGUGAAGGUUGGAGAAACACUUCUAAAAAUGGCUGUUGAAGAAUUCACUCCUCCUGUAAAUGAUGGUUUCUCUGAACCCAAGUCAGUUGGUUCCAUCGAAGAAGUUAAUUCAUGUAUUCAAGCUUCAGUUGCCAAUGAAAAUAAAUCAAGUGGCAUAUUGUGUACACCCGCUGUUCGUAACCUUGCCAAGCAGCAUGGAAUCAACGUCAAUGAUAUCAAAGGAAGUGGUAUUGAUGGAAGGAUUUUGAAAGAAGACAUUCUUAGUUAUGUCAGGAGUACUGAACCAUCUUCUUUGCCUGAUUGCUCAGAUAUAUCAGUGUCUGAAAAUUCACUUUACGGAGAUACAACUUUACAGAUUAGGGGUUACCAGCGUGCAAUGAUCAAGUCCAUGACAAUGGCAGCGAGAGUUCCACAUUUCCAUUAUGUUGAAGAGAUUCAAUGUGAGGCACUUGUAAAACUCAAAGCAGCUUUUCAGAAAGAAAACCUCGAUCCAAGUAUAAGGCACACUUUUCUUCCAUUUUUGGUUAAAUCACUAUCGAAGGCAUUGAGCAAAUACUCCCUUCUAAAUAGUUGUUUCAAUGAGGAUAGGAAUGAGAUCAUUCUUAAAGGCUCCCAUAAUAUUGGAAUUGCCAUGGCCACUCCCUCUGGUUUAGUUGUACCAAAUAUCAAGAAGACCCAAUCUCUUUCUAUAUUGGAGAUAACCAAGGAAAUAUCAAGGCUACAACAAUUGGCGAUUGAGAACAAGCUUAGUCAAGACGAUAUCUCUGGUGGAACAAUAACUCUCAGUAACAUUGGUACGAUUGGUGGAAAGUUUGGUUCUCCACUAAUCAAUUUGCCUGAAGUUGCAAUAAUUGCAAUUGGUAGAAUUCAGAAAGUUCCACAUAUUGCAGAUGAUGGGACUUUGUAUCCCAUGCCAGUUAUGAAUGUAAAUAUCGGUGCAGAUCAUAGGGUAUUAGAUGGGGCAACAGUCGCAAACUUUUGCAACGAGUGGAAAUCAUUUGUCGAAAACCCGGAGCUACUCCUGUUGCAUACAAGAUGAUCAUAUCUGUGUAUGCAUUUGUAAGUUUAGGUAGGUUAUCUCUGCUUUGAUGCUGCAGAAUGCAGUAUGUGAUCUAGUCCUCCGCUAGCGCAUUCAAGUCUCCAAAAUGAGGGAGAUAGGAAGCAUGUAUCUGUGACUGUUCCCUUGUAUCCAAAUAAAUAUAUAAACCUUGUAUAUUACAGCAUUGAUGUAUUUGUAUAACAUUUGUUGCAUGUGUGGAUCUUGCAUUGUUAGUCCAGGAUUCUCGAUCGACCGAAGAUUGAUUAUCAAAUUAGCUAUCUAUGGUUUGCCAUGAUAUCAGCAGUUAUUAUUCGGGCAUAAAA